AUGCCCGGCCAAGAUGACUUAUCAACUUCCUUUGUGGAAACCCUAGCAGGGUUCACUGCGGGGGUAGUCUCAACGCUCUGCGUUCAUCCACUAGACCUGGUGAAGACUAGACUACAGGGAAGGUGGCUACACAGCAUUCUACCGAGGCCUGGCUCCCAAUCUAAUCGGAAAUUCCACCAGCUGGGCACUUCCGCCAGUACCGUGGAGACCGGGCCGCCCUUACCUCGGCGGACUAUUUUUUGGCGUCAGGCACCGCAGGUUGUGAACCCUUCCAUUCCCAGUCAUUGCACAUUUAAAUUGAUGAAUUUGUUUUCAGGAGGUCUCACCUGUGUCCUGACAAACCCCAUUUGGGUCAUCAAGACCCGAAUGCUGUCAACUGGCUCGCAAGUUCCUGGCGCAUAUUCUUCACUUCUCUCUGGUGUGAGACAAAUAUAUCACACUGAAGGCAUUUUGGGGUUCUACCGAGGCCUGGUUCCUGCUUUGUUUGGUGUCAGCCAUGGAGCCCUCCAGUUCAUGGCCUAUGAGCAGCUGAAGAACAUCCGUCUUCAUUCGAUAUAUGGCAAGCCAGCCGAGGACAGAAUGAGCGAUGCACGCAUCCCCCCUGCGCUUGGCACUAUGGAUCUUUUGGGACUAUCGAGCCUGUCAAAGUUAUUCGCUGGGUGUAUAACUUAUCCUUACCAGGUUGUUCGGUCACGUUUACAGACUUAUGGUGCACAUCUGCUAUAUCGCGGAACUGCAGAUGCUGUUAAGCAGAUCUGGAUGAGGGAAGGAUUAGUCGGUUUCUACAAGGGGCUGGGUCCUAAUCUUUUCCGUGUCCUUCCGAGCACAUGGGUGACAUUUCUUGUCUAUGAGAAGAUGAGGGCCUUUUUGUAUCAGCUGCAUAAUUAG